AUGACGCCCACCCCCUCGGCGGACUCGGUCGCCAUCGCCUUGUCGCGUCUAACCGUCCCUGACACCAACGCCGUCCGCCAAGCCGAGCGCAAUCUAGAAGCGCUCGGCCGCUCCCCCUCCUGCAUCGAGCCGCUGACGCACCUAAUCUGCUCGCACCCCUCCCCCUCCAUCCGCCAGCUGGCGGCCGUCAUGCUGCGCCGCUACCUGCCGGACCACUGGCCGUCCCUGCCGCCACCAGCCAAGGCCUCCAUCCGCGCGGCCCUCAUCCCGCGCAUCCCAGCCGAGCCUGCACAGCUCUCGCGCAAGGCCAUCGUCGCCCUCGCGUGCGACCUCUGCUCCCUCGACGACGCCAUCUGGCCCGAACUGCUCCAGCUCGUCGCCACGCUCGCCGCGGCCGACAACCCGGACCUGGUCGUCGUCGCCUUCGCCAUCGUCGACGGCUUUGUCGACGCCGUCAACGACCUCGUCGUCGAGCAUAUCCCGGCCCUUGCCCCUUUGCUGGCAAAAGGCAUGGAGCACCCAGUCCCGAAAGUCAGGGUCGCCGCCUUUCAUGCCUUUGUCGCCUGUGCGGGGCCCGCUGCCAUGGCCAAGGGCGACAGCUUCCCAGCUCUCGAGCCCCACAUUCCGAAGAUUGUUGCCGUCGCGACGGGCCAUCAGGACACCCGCAGCGAUGAGUUUGGCAGAAUCACUUGCGGCGUUUUCGAGGUCCUCGCUCUUGUCAUGGAGGAUCCUGCCGGCCCGCUGAUUAGAAAGUACUUCGAGUCUGCCCUUGAGUUUGCGGAGCGCAUGUUUGUGUCCACGGAUGUCGCCCCGAUGGCCCGCGCCGCGGCAAACGAGUUUUUGGUCGGCUCUGCCACGGUAAGGCCCAAGCACAUGAGAAAGCUGGGCGCCGCUCUGAGAUUAGUCCAGUCAGCAUGCAAAGUCAUUUUCGAUAACGCCGCGUUUGCUGGCGCCCCGUCCUCGUUUGGCCAUGAUGACGAUGAUCCCGACGAGGAUGAGGUUAAUGCCAUUCUCUUGUCCUUGAGGUUGUUGGAUGCCAUGGCCAGGCGGCCAGAGCUUAGUAAGCUCGUCUUCACCGAGGUUAUGAGCGUCAUCUCGCGAACAUUUGAGGCCACUCAAAAUGCGCCUCCAGAGCAUCGCGAUGCCACCGUUGCUGCCGGGUAUAGAAUCAUUGGCGCUAUUUGCAGAGGCUGCACGCAUGAGGUCACGGUACAUGCUAGGGAUGUCCUGACCAAGCUUGCAAAUGGCGCACAUGAUGCCAAUGCUGGGUUUCCCACGCGCGCGAGGGCAAUAGAGGCAUUGGGCUUGGCGUGUGAGGCGCUUGACGACGUCGAAAUGCCCGACGAGGAGUUGGAAGACUUGGCAAAUAUUUCUCUCACCGCUAUUCUGCAUGGAAUGCGAGACCCGGAGUUGUUCGUGAAUCGCCACGCAUGUAUGGCUUUAGAGGCGUCAGUCUCCUUGUUCAGGGACGAUACGACCAAACAAUUGCGGGCUCGAGUUGCAGAAAUCAUUCACACGUUGAGUGCCCUUAGUCCGGAGAUUUCCGUCGAAGCCAUCACAGCUGUUGGCGUGUUGGCCGAGCAUGCAGUCUCCGCUUUGCUAUCGUCGGAAAUGUUCAAGGAUGUAGUCGAGGGCAUUGUUCGGUUGAUCUCGCAAACGGGGAAGACAGACGUGCAUGCACGUGUAGCAGCCUUGGAAGCCGCCGGUUCUCUCGUGUCGAAUUGCAAGGACCAGUCAGUCAUUGAGAGAUUCUCUGCCCAGGCUAUCUCCUGCUUAGAUAGCGACGACCCAAGCUGCAAGCAAGCUGCCUAUUCAUUUUUCGAAAGAAUGGCAGAUUCGGUGGGAGGUAACGUCGUGGCGGUCUUCGGUGUUAAGGUGUUGACUUCUGCAAUAGAGUCUAUAGAAAACCACGAUACGAUUGAUCCUACCGAUGAUGACGACGAUGAAGGCGUGUCAAGAAACGGUCUCGGACCAAGCAAUGACGAGGAUGCGAGGCGAGAAUAUGGCAUGUACGUGCGAACCUCAUUACUUGAAGAGAAGACAUUGGCAGUUCACUGUGUAGGGGCAUUUGCGUCGGCCACAACAACCGAUUCUUUUAUGAAGAGGAUGGCCUCUUCGCCGGAGACUGCGGCAACCAUUCGAAGCUUACUUCGGAGUGGAUGUAAGCACAUUGACGACCUUACGUUUUCGUUCCAUGAAGAAAUCCGCGCCGCUGCGUACCGAGCCCAUUGCCGAAUCAUAGGCGCAAACGUCAUGCUCAUGGCCAAUCGCCCAGAGUUAGCCUUCGGACGGACUGAACUGACAACUGAUGGAUUUUCGAGAUUGGCUUACGGAGCCAUGGAAGACAGUAACGUAUGGGUGACGGCAACCGUAUUGAAAUCUCUCGCUACUUUCAUCGAACUCAUCUCUGUGGAUAUGGUUGCUGAACACAAAACUGCAGUAACAGAUGUCAUUCGAGGGGUCCUGGCAUCGGAAACAGCCUGCCAAGAACCACGCGAAUACGAUUCAGGAGAUGAGCACUUCACUGACGAUGCCGACAUUGAGGGUGAAGACAUGGCAGCUCUUAUUGAAGCCGUUGGAGAGGUUGUUGAAGCCAUGGCUCAUUCCUUGCGUGGCUUCUUCGCAGAUGAUUUUCCGUCUAUUUUGUCAGAAAUGCUUGAAGCGUUUUUCAAACUAAGCAGGUCACCACGAAGUCGAGGAAUGGUUUUUGGGGCAGUGGCUGGAGUUCUUCUGUAUCUCAAUUUUGACAAGUGCACGAACUUUACACCGCCUGCCCCCGGUGGAACAGAAGAAGAGUUUGCACGCAAGGUCACAGAUAAUGUAGCUGCAGAAAUUUUGCCAGUUGCGUUGAAUGCAAUCAAGUCCAUGGAAGGCAAGAUUCUUCAGCGUAACGCCGUUUUCCUUGCUGGGGUAAUUUUCUCCAAAGCAAGGGCGUCAAACGAAGCCGUUUGGGCUCGGCUUCCAGAAGCUCUGCAGAUAUUUCAGAAGAUUCUGGUAGCUGGGAAUGCCUCUGACGGGGCUUUAAUUGACAACGUUGCCGGUGCCGUGGCACGAAUCUUGUCUUCAAAGGCUGCACCUCGGCAGGUUCUGGGAGACCCCAACGCUAUGCUGCAAGCCAUUUUGAAUGUAGUGCCGCUGCAUAACGACCCAACUGAAAACACGACAAUCGCUAGGACCCUAAUUUCCGUAGCACAAUCAAAUUUCGACAUUCUCGUAAGUGCUGGACAAGUCCAAAAAGUGGUCUCAUGUUUGGUUUCAGCCGCACUGAUCUCCUGGGAAGCGCAGAAACGCACUGAGCAAAGAAUACGGCCGGACGUCGACGACGGAGACCUAAACGACCGAAUGACUGGUCUUGAGGACAUGGAAUUCCAAUCGCUGGUACUGAUACUGGGACGGAUUCGUGAAGGCCUUGGUGACCAACCAUUCUCCAAGUUAAAUCUCGCCCCGCCAGACGCCAAGUCUUUGGCUGAGAUAUUUCAAUGCCAGGGCCUAAAAGCAUAGCCUUUCAGAAAGUCAUUGAAAGAAUUAUUUUACUUGCAACCAACUCCAAUUCCCUUUCACGAAUUUGCUUAAUGGUUUGUGACGGGCUAGGGGGCGUCUGGCAAGAGACUGCGACAGGAAGUGCGCUGAGGGCUCGGAAAGGCUAUAAACGCUGCAGUAGAACAGCAUGCGGAACGAGUGGUGUGACGCUCCCCUCCUUGUACGCGGUCAUUCUUCAUGCCAAUAAAUGCAUCAUUACGAAUAAGAUGCCUGGAAUGGUUGGAUGGCUGAAGUAAUGACCUAGGCCGAUUAUCGUCUUCUCCGUUUGAUACAUGCUUGGCGUCCCUGUCCUGGCGUGUCGUGAUAUGUGCGCAAGGGAUGUUAAGACUGCCAACUCCGUAGCAACUGAUCGUAAGCUGAAGGACAAACUGUGUUUACGAUCAGGUUUGUAAGGCAUGAGAAUGCACUCCAGCUAUUACUUAUAGCUGUCGAUACGCAACGGAGCCAGUCCGAAUCGAUAACAGGUUCACGUAUGAGUCGUCCCUGUAGAUUCGUCUUGACCUACACGCAAGAUUAGGAUGGCUAGCUCCAGGCCCUUGUUGCUUUAUUGUCUUGAUUUCCAGUUGCAGAACAGAACUGAAGGAAGACUACCAGAAUCAGGGCAGGAUAAGAAAGCCUGAAUGCUCUGAAGCAGCGGCAUGCAAGCGUGACAACCUGCAACUUGCAGUUCUCCACCGAUCAUGGUCUCUCUGCAGUACUGUGCAGUAGAGACCUCUCGUAACAUCCUUCAUCGAGAUAUUGGAAGGCAGAUCACGAAUUCAAACACCUCCAUGUUUCGUAUCCAGUAGUACGGCAAGUAUUGUAGUUUCCAUAUAUUUAGCAUACCGUACGUUGUCCGCAAUUCCAAGUCUGCUGUAUACAGUAAUGUGUACUAGAACGGCGGCAUAGAACUCUUGGAAUGAGGUGAGAAACAUGCAGAUUCGUAGAAACAUAUCCGUAUUCCAUUGAUGUCGUGAGCACAGAGUAAUAACACAGGUCAAGCGUACAGGACCAGACUUCAAGCCAUAAAUCGACCUGGGUAAUCGCCGAUGAUGAGCUUGUCCAUAAAUGUCUGGGGUGCUGCAGGGAGACUCUCAUGUUUGUCAUAUA